AUGGCGGGGCUACAUGACGAAAGCAGCGAACCGCCGCGCUUGGCAUCGGACACCAAUGCCGAGGUGCUGCCCUCGCGACGGGAAAAGGCACCGAAAGCUGCUCCUGAGGCGGAGGAGGUCAAGAAGAUGAGCAAGCGCAAGAAGAGGAAGCUGGAGCAACUUGCACAGAAACAGGCAAGCAAGGAGUUAAGGACUCAAGUUCUGGAAGAGUUGAAGGCCGUUCAAUUGACGGCAGAGCAAGCUGAACUUCUCCGAGCCUCCCAGAGCACGAGGUUGUCCAAAAGACAGCAGAAGGCCAUGGCUCAGCGCCGUGCCCAGUUGGGCGUGCCUCUGACAUCCGACAUGAAGGACAAGCUCAAACGACGGCCCCGUCAGCAGAGACGUCACGAAGAUGGAGAAGACGAGGAGGGCAGCGUCGAUGCCGAAGGUGAUGAGGUGUCCAGCGAGGACGAGGGUUUGGCCCCAGGCAGCUCGACGAAAGGCAAGUACAGCUCCACUCCUGGGCAUGGCAAGGCCAGGCCCAUCAGCCAAGGCGAAGCCAAAGGUGAAGCCAAAGGCGAAGGCCGAGGCCAAAGCGCCGGCAUCUGCUCCGCAGCCUUUGAUACCAGUGCGUGUGCAGCGGACGGCCAGCAUCGAGGAGCAACGGGCGAGGCUGCCAGCAGUAAUGAUGGAGCAGGAGUUUGUCGAGAUGGUCUUGAGCAACGAUGUGAUGUUAGUCUGCGGAGACACGGGCUGUGGCAAAUCCACACAGGUGCCGCAGUUUCUUUACGAGCGGGAACCCGAGCUUGGCUGACUGUCUUGACGAUCCAGUUAGAUGAGUGCAUAUGUGGAAUUGCUGCAUGGGCCUGGUCGAUGUGCGCGCUGGCGCUGUCUCAGUCUGCUGCCAAGCAGCUGCCGAGACUGGAAGAUGCACGUGAGCUCUUCGCAUCGCACCUGCCAUGUCCACCAGAGCAGCUCCGGCGUGUGUACCUGCGACUCGCUCUGCUGUACCACCCGGACAAAUGCUCGCCAGAGGACCUGAUUGGGCAACGGGGCUUGAAGUCGGGGUUUAUAUUUGGAAGGAAGUUUUACAAGAGCCAGGAGCAGCGGGAAGCCACCGAGCUCUUCCAGGCCAUCGCCGCCGCAUACGAAGAGUUGCUUCAGCCAGAACCUGGGCAGCUGCGCCGUGUCAAGAGUCGGGUGGCUGCCGCAGCAGAGUGGCUGGGAGAGAUACAGGAGCUGCGCAGGCUCCUGGAGGAAGAUGCUGGCAGAGCCACGGAGCUGGACGACCUUGGCGUCUGUCCGCUGAUGUUUGCAUGUGCGGGUGGAUGCCUGGAGGCUGUCCGCCUUCUUGCCGAGUUCCAGGCCGACGUCCAUGCCAAGAACCCUAUUAACUGGUCGGUGCUGCUAUAUGCAUCGCUGGGAAAUCAUGCGCACGUGGUGAAGUGGCUGGUGGAACAGGGUGUGGAAGUGACUUCUCAUGAGCUGGUGCUGGCAGCCUAUACUGGAAACUCAGUCAGCCUGGCAGCGCUGCUAGACCGGUACAAAUGGUCGGUGCCGGACCUGCGCACCGAAAGUGGUAAGUCACUCUUGCACCUGGCCUGUGAGGGUAUGUGCUUCCUCAAGCGCCCAGCAGAAGAUCAUGCACGUUGCGUGGACCUUGUUCUUCAGCGGCGCAUCGCGAUAGAUCAGGCAGAGCCCAAACAAGGCCGGUCGUGCUUGCAAAACUACGUAGAUGACGUCCGCUGGACCACUCGGAACUUUGAGGCCUCCGACGCUCACAUGUGGGCACUGGAGAGGCUUUGUGAAGAAGGAGCCGUGGAGAUCUGUACCUGCCGUACCUGCAAUCUUUCCUGUCAAGGGUUGAGUACUGCAGUCCUUUCAGGAGCAAGUGUGAGCCGGGAGGAUUCUGCAGGACACAGUGCGCUGUCGUUGGCUGACGCCAAUGGCCUGAAGAAAGUGAGAGAAAUCCUCUUCAUGUACGUGUAG